GAUUCCUUUGUAAGAAUAACAUGUUUGACGUUGCGAUCAAAACCUUGAGAAUUAUGGAACAAGAAGGCGUUCAACCGACUUCGAUCAAUUUCCUUAGACAUGUGAUCCAACCUCUUGCACAGUAUAAUCAUCCCACGGAAGCUUGGCGGUACCUGAGUGGUUUCAGAAGGAAGGCCGUGCACCCUCGAAAUAUAUAUUCAAAAUAUUACACCCUCAUAAUUGAGGCCUUCAUUCAGCGGAAUGACGUGAGUUCGGCGAUGAAGGUAUUCGCGGACAUGGAAGAAAUCGGCGUGGACUUGGACUCCCGGGCAAAGGAAAUUUUUAUCUGUACGCAAAAGACGUUAAACAUCGUAAAUGGGAGUCCGGAAAACGAGGCAAUUUUGAACGAUCGUUUGUUUGCGCGACUAUCAGUCUUUUUCCUCUAUAAGAAUCCUUGGAAGUAUUUCGAAAUUGAAGAGGAGGAAGGAGAAAUUUAUAAUAAAAGGGAUCUCAAUCCAAAAGGUGCUCUACUGCUCAGGACCUACUUGAGUUGCUUAAAUGAGCCGACAAAAUUCGAGAGUGCCAUUUCUGAAACCUUUCCUAAAACCAUAAUGGAUUACAUUUCUUUUACACGUCAUAUUAACAUUCCCAUGCUAUAUAAUUUCCUUGAAGUCAGACUUGCUACCAUUGUUGGUUUGGCCGAUAGAAGUAAGAAGAUUCAAGAAGCUUUUUCAGCUUUAUCAGAGGCUUUUAGCAAGCGUUGUGUCACGGUAGAGUCGUUGGUGACCUGGAAAUCCACUCCUGAUAUCUUCACCUCAAUGAUUCUGAGAUUCCCCAAUAUCGCGCAUCUGGACCUCCUACAGUAUGAGAACACUGAUGAAACCAUAAAAUUUAUUGGUAAUCAUUGUAAAAGGCUUUGCGUAUUCAAAUUUACCGUCUGCAAUUGUUCCCCCAAACUUUUGUCCAACUUCCUGGAAUCUCAAGGCGACGGAUACCUCGAUGAACUUUGUAUCAAGAUUACCACAGAUCCAAAAAAAUUAUUGACCGGAUUGUCUCCGUCUGUAAUUGCCAAGAUUACCGACUUGCGUAUUAACGGGCUUCACAUCGAUCAUGCAAUGGAUAAUCUAAAAUUUCAGAAAUUACGAUCUUUAGAUCUUAGCGAUUGUCAUAGCAUGGAUGAGAAGGCAUUCAGCGCAUUGCAAUUUGGACAGAUGAUAACCGAGAUCAAUCUUUCCGAGACAAAAAUAUCAGAAGCCGGUGUCAUCUCCCUUGCGACUCAUUGUAAACACAAUCUCAAGAGAUUAAUCAUGCUACCGUGCGGUGCUGCCGAUUCUGUUGAACAAGGUAUCCGGGCGCUCGCAACCCAUUGUCCGAACCUUGAAGAGUUCAGGUUGGACGUGAUUCGUGUUGAGAUAAAAGCUAUCAUGGAAUUGAUUCAAUCGUGUAGGGGGAUACAAAUUUUGGUUCUUGGCGGCGUGGAGAUAAACAACGACGACUUGCUACUUGAUGAACUCAUGGAUUCAAUUCGAGUCAACAUCGGGGAAUCAAUCAAAUGUCUGGAUUUGCGCGAGUGGAGUGUUAGUGAAAAGGCGGUGAUCGAUUUGACAGGGAAUUGUCCUAAUCUGGACAAAUUGGUUCUGAGGUAUUGUCGAAAUGUGAACGACAAUUGCAUCAAGGCGAUCAGUAAUCACCUGGCGAGAACUCUUCGACACCUUGACGUUGCAAAUUGUCCCCUAGUAACCCCGGAUGAGAUUAUGGCGGCCGAGGAAAAAUUGGUUAACUGUCGCAUAAUUCACGCCUCGAAGUUCUACUGCAUCGACUGA